AUGGCCAUGGGGGUGAGUGGAGCCAUGCCCCUGGUAUUCCGGCUUCACGAGGGCACUCCGGACGUGGUUCGGGAGGUGCUGCUGGAGCGGGGUUGGGAGGAGUACAACGCACAGGAGCAGGAGGAGGGAGACUGGAACCUGUAUUGGCGUGCCUCCUCUUUUAGUACCUCAGACUACGCGAACAUACUACCUUGGCAGAGACUAAACCACCACCCAAAGACCGACGGGAUUACCCGAAAGGACUGCCUGGCGCGGAAUAUCAGACGGAUGAGAGGAGCGUUCGGCCCCGCCCUGUACGACUUCAGCCCCACUGCCUUUAUCCUCCCAAACGAGUACAUUCGAUUUCUGGAAGAGUACACAAAGAACCGUGUGGCAAACAGAGGGAGGUCUGACUAUUGGAUCUGCAAGCCAGUGGACCUGUCAAGAGGGAGGGGCAUCUUUAUUUUCGAUGACAUCAAAGACUUGGCGUACGACUCCUCCGUAAUUGUGCAGAAGUACGUCAGUAAUCCUUUUCUUAUCUCGGGCUACAAAUUUGACCUGCGGAUCUACGUUUGCGUCAAGAGUUUUCACCCUCUUCAGAUCUACAUGCACCAAGAGGGCUUAGUACGCUUUGCCACGGAGAAGUACAACCUGACGUCCUUAAAUAACCUCUACUCCCACCUGACCAACACCAGCAUCAACAAGUUUGGACCCUUCUACGCUACAGAGAAAGAACGGGUGGGCCAGGGAUGCAAAUGGACCAUGAGUAAAUUCCGUUGCUUUCUCCACAGUCAGGGCAUCAACGAACCUUUCCUUUGGCAAAGGAUCAAUAGCAUUGUCACGCUCACUCUGCUCACGAUUGCCCCAUCCAUCCCAACUCAGGUCAACUGCCUAGAGCUGUUUGGAUUCGACAUCCUCAUCGAUGCCAACUUUAAGCCCUGGUUGUUAGAGGUGAACUGCAGUCCUGCUUUGUCUCUGGACUGCCCAGCUGACAUCAAAGUCAAAAAGGGACUAAUCAAUGACGUCAUUGAUUUGAUGAACUACAGGACAAUUGACAGCCUGCGCUACAGAGGAUACCUAAAACAGAAACACUGUUAUUUAGGCAGUUGGACAGGGUUACCAAAAAGCCUUCCGGUCAGGCUGCAAUCGAAGUCUACGUAUGAAGUCCACUCAUACCCGAGUGGUAACAAUCAUUUAAACAAUGCUGAUAAUACUGGACGCCUGUCUGUGGAGAUCAGUCGGCUGUGCUUGUCAGGAAACUGUGCAAGCGAUACCACAAGCUGUGCUUUCAAUUCAAAACGUUUGAAGUCGAAGACAGCAGCUGUCAUCAGAAACAAAAGGGCACGUCCUUCAGUUGGCCGAGCCGCAGAGCCUUCACAACGGUCUGAGGUUACCGCCGUGGAGUUAGAGUCAGAUGACAACGAACGAGUAACGCGGAAUCACCGCGGGCCAACGUUCAGGCACUCGGCGCUGAAUGCUCGCAGGUUACCGCCCAUUCACCUUCACAAACACAAACCUCUAACCUUCCAGUGGUGUCGGAGAAGCCAAGACAAGACCAGACCAGCUUUUCGUGUGGGAGAUUUCAUUCUGACCUUCCCUUUCAACGAGGUGACAUGGAAAGCCUCUUGGGAUGAACUCGACGUCAAGACCGUUGUGCAAGAGAUUCACAAACUCAACGUCUGGGUGGCUUCCUCCAGCCACCACAGGGAAGGGAAGAGGACAGGGGACUGUCAGAUAAACGGUGCUGUAAAAGACCAGUUUGGGUCACUGUUCUGGGGGCCCAGAAAUCCACCUCUUCUCAGUGAAUGCUGUUUCUCGGGUUAA